AGGACACGCCGAUCGUCAGUCUUCGUCAUCCUGGCCCGGGAUUGGUGGAGGAGCUUUACUUUCCAAUAAUAUAAACAUGUCUACUGCCUGCCUGGCUUGAAGCAAGGCUUUACAAGGGACUAUGCAGUUCUACAUCAAACUGUAUAAAAACUCUCAUUAUGUAUUUGCCUGCGUUGUCGCAGGACUGAAGCUUUAUUAUUGGUAGGGAAUAUGCACAUAGCUGCACGUGCGCGCGUGAGGGAACGAGGACAUCCUGCCGCCGCCGCCGCCGCCGCACGAGAGAGCGACAGAGGGGGACUCUGCCGUGCUUUCAUCAUUAUAAUCACCAUCCUAAGUACCAGCUCUUAACAUUUUGUUUUUUCGGUGUUCGGGCGAGAAGUGACAAGAACACAGACCCCUCCUCUGCAGGGCGGAGCGUGCGUUUUCAUUCCGUAUUUUGUAUUUUUCUUUUUUUCUCCCCCCCUGCCCCUGUUUCCCUGCUCUGACACGUCUGCACUGAGUGAGUGGCAUUGGCACACUGUCAAUCGCUCACCACCGCUGCCAUCAAACAACAUAAAACACACACAGGCAGAGGCUGGAGCUCAUAAAUUUCAGCAGGGCGAGAUAUUUUUUUGCGCGUCGCCUUCGCACAGCGCCGUGUCCUCAUUAAUUUCUUCUCGUGCUUUUUGUUUUUUCUAAACUGAAAAUCUCCCAACUUUUUUUUGUACAUUUCAUAUUUUUAUAGUCACAUUUGGACACCUAAUGCCGAAGAUUUUUUUUAUUUUAAUUGUCGCGGGAAUCAUUUCUGAACAUUUCUAGUUGUCGACACCUGCGAGAUUUUUUUUUUGUAUUUGUUUACACGCUUCCACAUUGGAUAAUUUUUGUUGCCGGUGCUUCACGAGGUGGAUUUGGACAUUUUUUUUCCUUUGGAGAGGAAAUGCGCCGGGAAUCCCAUGAAGAGCGCUAAUAAAUGAGAGAUCACCAAGGAGCGUUUCUGUCGCUGACCAGCCGUCCAAUCCCCGAGAAAAGACAGAUUGGCAUGAGGAUUCGUGCGGGAUACGAUGGACCGUCAAUUUUGACAAAAAAGUGUUAAGAAGAAGACUGAAGAUUUAUGCAUUUUUCCACAUAGUCACGCGUUUUGCCACUUUGGACCGCGCGUAAAAAAAGCGAGAGGACAGCGAGAACUUGGACACGAGAUUGACGCUAAAAACGCAUCGCUGCUUGACAUUUUGUUUUUGAGAAAAGAAACGUGUGUGCUCCGCGUCGCUGAGGAGUCACACACAGCCGUGCAUCCCUCCCGUCUGCGGCACAUGUUGUAGCCCAUUUCGUAUAUGAGUUUUUCAAUUUGUGUGGCUCAGUGCACAGACUCUUUAGCGUCUACUAUGGACGAUCAAGCCCGGAUCAUGCAGUCGAUCGGCGGUGUCAGUCUGGCUGGCCACUCGGUACAGGGAGGCAUGACACUGCCGCCUCCACAUGGACACGAUGGCACGGACGGGGACGGAAGAAAACAAGACAUUGGUGACAUUCUCCAUCAAAUCAUGACCAUAACUGAUCAAAGUCUGGACGAGGCGCAAGCAAAGAAACAUGGACUGAACUGUCACAGAAUGAAACCAGCACUCUUCAGCGUUCUCUGUGAAAUCAAAGAAAAGACAGGUCUCAGCAUCCGUGGCGCCCAGGAGGAGGACCCCCCGGACCCCCAGCUCAUGCGUUUAGACAACAUGCUGCUGGCGGAGGGCGUGGCAGGACCAGAGAAGGGCGGCGGCUCUGCCGCCGCCGCAGCUGCAGCCGCGGCCUCGGGCGGAGCAGGCGACAACUCCAUCGAACAUUCCGACUACAGAGCCAAACUCACCCAGAUCAGACAGAUCUACCACACGGAGCUGGAGAAAUACGAACAGGCAUGUAACGAAUUCACUACCCAUGUGAUGAACCUGCUGAGGGAACAGUCUCGCACGCGGCCCAUUUCUCCCAAAGAGAUUGAGCGCAUGGUGGGAAUCAUCCACCGUAAGUUCAGCUCCAUCCAGAUGCAGCUGAAGCAGAGCACCUGUGAGGCUGUCAUGAUCCUGCGCUCCAGAUUCCUUGAUGCCAGGCGGAAAAGGAGAAACUUCAGCAAGCAGGCGACGGAAAUUUUGAACGAAUAUUUCUACUCGCACCUCAGCAACCCGUACCCCAGCGAGGAGGCUAAAGAGGAGCUUGCCAAGAAGUGCAGCAUCACAGUUUCCCAGGGGGUGGGAAGCACCAUCACAGUAUCACAGGUAUCCAACUGGUUUGGCAACAAAAGGAUCCGGUACAAGAAAAAUAUCGGCAAGUUUCAGGAAGAGGCCAACCUGUACGCCGCCAAGACUGCUGUAAAUGCAGCACACGCUGCAGCCGCUGCAGUGCAGAACAGCCAGGCCAACUCCCCUACCACACCAAACUCCGGUUCUUCAGGUUCUUUUAACCUCCCAAACUCUGGGGACAUGUUCUUGAGCAUGCAGAGUCUGAAUGGGGAUUCUUACCAAGGGGCACAAGUCGGAGCCAAUGUACAGUCACAGGUGGAUACCCUGCGCCAUGUUAUCAGUCAGACGGCAGGAUACAAUGAUGCUCUGGGGGGAAACACGAUGUACAGUCCACAUGGCUUGAAUGCUAAUGGGGGAUGGCAAGAUGCAACGACUCCGUCUUCUGUGAUAUCUCCGACAGAAGGACCAGGAAGUGUGCACUCCGAUACCUCGAAUUGAUCCGCUCUUAAUGCAUCUUCGCCUCAAACUGGGCAUGGACUCUUUUCAGUGGCUGACCAACGGCAGAGGACGUACACAAAAAACUUUCCAUUCAUUUUCUGGUUCCUUCAGAUUUUAUGCCACACUCACAGACACACAUCCUCCAUGUUUGAUGCCCAGCGUUUCCUGACGGUUUCUUUUCUGUCUCCAUAAAUCAACUUUAAUCACCCGCGCUCUUGUUUGUUUGACGUAGGGGUAAGCACACGCACACGUACAAACAGAAAACAGAUGAAACUUUCAGGAUCUGAACCCAAAAUACGGGAUGAUACUCGUUUUUCAUUUUAGACGGCCAUUUGUUUGAUUUAAUUACCGCCUCCCAUUUUGAUAAUUGGCUUCUCUUUCAGUUCACACGACGCAUAGAUUAAAGCAGCUGUUUCUUUGACUGUAAUGCGCUCGCAAUCUUGUCCAGCAACUCAACAAUGCUGCUGUUGACAGCUCAAUGGCAGCUUUGUAGUUACUUUCAAGAUUUAUUUUUGCCUUACAGCCGUGUACAUUAGUAGGGAGGAAAAUUCAAACUCUGGAACCUACAGAAGUGUAAUUGAUUGCUUGACUAUAACAUGACACCGUUCCAUAUUUUAUAAUUUGAUGUUUAGUAUGUACAUAUGUAAACAUUUUUAUUUGUUUUUUUUUUUUUUUUUGGUACUGCUUAUCAACAAAUCCCAACGCAGUAGAUCAUUCCUUCGUGGUGCACAGGAAGGAGCCCCCGUUACACAGGAAAAGUUGUACAUAAUAUAGCUGAAGAGUGAUUACACAUCCCACCAAUCAAUACGCAGCUUUAUUACCUCAUUCAAAUUCAUACAAACCAAUAAUUCCCGACAUUUCUGUAGCUUAGAGUGCUCACUUACUACCUCUAAACAAUAUCACCGCCAUCGUUUCCUUUGCCUUUAUUUAAUGUUUUUCUCUAUUUUUACGCAGUUACUUUGAGUACAUCUUGUAACACUGUAAACUCUUCAUUCUCUAUGUAAUCUAAUGUAUAUUUUAAUCUUUUAAUAAAAUGCCGUUGCUGUACGGCAGCCUAAAAUGACAAAAAAUAAAAAAAGUGAUAACAAUAUUAAUACCAUGAGAAAUGGACGGGGAGACGUG